AUGGAUUUCUCAACGCUUCCUAUUUUGAGACAGGCUUCAGAUUCUUCAGACAAGAUUACAUCUGCCGAUCCAUACCCUAUGGACCCAUUGUUGGAUCUUGAAUCCGGCACAAACCAUGAGUUGAGCAAACCUGUUCCAGGCGUGUGGCGGGUUCCUACUACCGACCUUUGCUGUAUCUACCGAGUCCCAAACUGUCUGCGUCGAGUUAGCCCCGAAGCAUACACGCCUCAAUCAGUCCUCAUCGGACCUCUUCACUAUUCUUUGAAACUCCAGGCUCUCAAGUCUCGUGGAGAUAUCACAAACGCAAGGUUAAUGGACUACUUAAACAUGGAAGAGCACAAGAAGUUUUACCUAGCGGAAUUCGCUAAAAGGCCUGAAGGGAAAAAUAUCAUUGAUGGAUUCAAGAGAGUGAUCAAAGAAGAUGAGGCUGUGAUCAGGGCAAGCUAUCUGGAAUCAACGGCUUGGAUUAAAUCCCCAAAGUUCGUGGAGAUGAUCCUACAUGACUCUGUUUUUAUACUAGAGUUCAUGUUGAGGUGCUCUGUGGAAGCAGCAACAACAGAGAAAACAUGGGAUCCUCUCAUUGACGAACCAUGUCUUGCACAAGAAAUCAAUAGAGAUUUAAUCUUGCUCGAGAACCAGAUUCCAUUCUUCAUCCUUGAAAAACUCUUUGAUCCAACAGUUUCAAAACUUCGCAAAAAGACAUUCCACCAAUUAACCAUCAAACAUUUUGAAUUCCAAGACGAGAAGGGAAGCGACGCAAAGUUCAGACAUUUCACUGAUUUGCUAAGGCGUGUCCGCGUGGAGACUGUUCCAGAUCAUGCUUUUGAGAGAUGUUACGAGUCCAUGUAUCAAAUGUAUAAUGCGGAUAAGCUAGAUGGUGGGGGAAUUAAAUUUGAGGCCGUGAAAAACCCUUUGUCGGUCUUGGUUACAUUCGAAAAGGGUGUUUUAAAGAUACCCAAGUUCUUGGCUGAUGACGAUGCGGAGAUAACGAUUAGAAACAUAAUGGCGCUUGAACAAUGUCAUUACCCGUUCAACUCUCACGUUUCUACUGGGUGA